AUGAUAAUGAUAUACCCCAUUGCCCUUUGUGGGAUCAUGCUGGUUCUCGUUGGGCCAGUAGUAGCCCAGACGUUCAAAAGCCAAAUCAAUAUUACCAUGUGCAACUGGUUUCGACCAAGAGUCGACAUUAUCCGAGAUACUGUUUAUCUAGACGGUGGAAGCCUCUGGUGGCGACGUGGAUUUUCAGAUGGUACCUUCGGCAGCCCGCAGAACGAUGGGAAUCCUGACGGGAAUAUAUUCACACUCCCCCUUUCUGUUCCAUUUAACACCGUGCACACCAACCUAACAGGCUUGUUUGGUCGGAUAAAUCCGGUGAACGGCGCUGGCAACAAUAUUGCUCCAACUUACGUUGAUGGUGCUAUGUUUGCAACUGAAAAUGAAUUCAUGCUUUUUGGGGGACUACUCCGUCUCACAGACUCUCAGUCGCCGCCAAAUUCAAAUCAACUUCUUUCUUAUGAGCGGUAUUUCUGGGGUCCGAAGGGCGUUACCAAUUGGAAACAGGGGUUUCUUCAAUCUCGAACUAAUCACAACGUCACCCGCUACAUUACGCACGGAGCUGGAGUGUCCGUACCGAGUGAAAACCGAGGGUAUUACUUUAGCGGUAUGCGUGGUAAAGAUUGGGGUGAAAUAUCAUUUCCAGAGCCCAAAGCAAACUCUACAGCUAAUACUCUAAUCUCCGUUGAUAUGGCUGAGUGGAGAGGAGAACAAUGGUCUAAUUCCACGUUGCCGGAAAACAUCCCGCCCAGGGGAAAGUCAGAGCUUACUUGGAUACCAGUAUCUGACUCCGGCGUACUGGUGGCCGUUGGUGGUGUUCCGCAUCCCCAGGAUACUGUUGGUCCUGAAGGCCUAACUAUGUCACAGUUACAAGAAAACAAAGUGAUGGGUGAAGACUUCAUGAAACGCAUCGCCGUGUACAACAUUGCAUCAGGGAAAUGGCAUUUACAAAAUACUACGGGGGAAGUUCCUCCAGCUCGUAGCGACUUUUGCUCGGUAGUAGCAGAAGCAAAAGAUGGUAGUUCUUUCAACAUCUACAUAUAUGGCGGCUAUGGGGGCAAUGAUCGGGAAGAAACGUCGUUCGAUGACGUAUACAUCUUAUCUAUACCUUCAUUUAGGUGGAUCAAAGCGUUUCGGGGAAGAAAUGAACAUGGUAGGCGAGGCCAUCGAUGUAUCAAGGCUUACCCGGAUAAAAUGCUUGUUUUUGGUGGAUUGUUCAUAGAUCCCUCUACUUGUCUGGAUGGCGGCAUUAUUCAGGUAUUUAACUUGAACACGGUUGAGUUUCAAGAUGUUUAUGACCCGGCAAAGUGGAAAGAAUAUAAAGUCCCUGCUGUGGUCACAGCUGCCAUUGGCGGAAAUGCCAACGGUAAUGCCACACUCCAAAAGCCUCCAUCUUGGGAUGACAACGAGCUUGAGAAAAUUUUUUCAAAAUCAUAUUCCAAACCGAUCAAGACUUAUUACCCGUACAUGCCAGUGGAAACAUCGGUUUCUACCCCAGCGCCGACUACAGGCAGCGGUCUUCCCAAGUGGGUUGGCCCAGUGAUCGGCGUAGUUCUUGGACUCAUGUUGGUCACGGGCUUGAUGUUGGCCUGGCUUCUUUGGCGCCGGCGAAAAGAUCGACGCUAUGCUUCGAGUGUAGGCGCAAAUAGCGACAAUCGAAAGCGAGUAAUGCGCUGGAUUCAUGGAACUGGGCUUCCAUCUAAAAACAUAGAUGCAACGACUACAACAACAGCAGAGCACGAGCAACGAUCAGAAAAGCACAUGUCUACGAGAUUUUCAGAAGUUGGCAACGACUCCGUAAUCACGUCUCAUGGUCGACCUACUGUUGUCUAUUCGGAUCUCAACGAAGCCGCAGGCUCAGCAGUACAUGAGCUGCAGGAUAGCUCACAUCCAGCGCUAGGCGCUACUGUUCACGCACCUUUAGAACUUCCCACCGAAUACAACGAGUCUCCUGUCUCUUCGCGCCCAAGAUUUCCUAGUGAUGCCGUCAGUUUUCUCAGCCCUAUUUCUCCGGAGCCCGGAGCAGUAUCUCCACCGGCGAGUCCUCCUCCUGAAAUCCGACCCACACGGCCGAUACACAAGCGGCAUAACUCAUCUCUAUCUAGCAUGGGGUUUUCUCCACAUCCAAUCAUCAACAGCAACCUUGACCAUAAUGGUACUCCUAUCAAUGAGGAAGAGAACAUGCAACGAGACCACUUUGUUUCCGGUAUAACUGAAGACUUCUCGUCGGACUCGGAAUCACACCAUGAGCGGGAGCCGGAAUUUAAGACUUGGUAA